CAGGUUUGAAAAAAAAAAAAAAAAAGGAGGAUGUGAUUAAGUUUGUGGUGAUGAAGGAUGCAAAAUAAUCUAUGAAAGGAUAUGUGGCAUGGGAAGAAUAAUAGUAAUACCGUUAGAAAAAGUGAGGUGAUACGUGGAAAGGCAACAAAUUUCUCUCAAUACGUUUUGUCAUUAAAAGCAAACGCAUCCUCUGCAUUGAGUCUCCCCAGUGUUCUGCGACGCGUAUGACAGUGAGGACUUCCCGUAGUGUUUGGGAGCAACAUACAAGUACCACAACAUGGUAAGAUGAUGGAAGUGAGGAAGCUCAAAGAAAAGAGGAUGCAAAAAAACCAGGCUCAAGAUGAAAGAAUGGAAGUGGACUCGAUCACCAGUGAUUUCCAGGUUUAUCGCCUCUUGGCUUCUGAAGAAGGACAGUGUUGCUCUCUCCUUCAGGCUAAAAGAGAGAUUACUAGUACUAAUACUAGUAGAAGUUUCAACACCUUCAACUUGUUAAUGGCAGAUGUGUCUUUUUCCAUGGUAAAUUGCUGGCCUGCAGUAAUUAGCAGCUGGAAUGAGAACAUUAAGGAUAAACUUACUGGCACUACCAAGCUGUACGUGUUUAGUGAUUCAGUCACCUUCCUUCGUUCUGAAACUCACCUCAGCCCUAGUGAUUCAAUACGUGGUGGAACAAAUGUCACUGAAGCACUAAAGAGGGUGCGCACUGAAAUAGAGCAAUGCAGCGAGACCUUUGUACAGGUGUUCAUCAUUACAGAUGGAGGUCAUGGAGCAGGUGUACCUUUACCAGAAACAGAGAUCGUUAAGAUGCGGGCACCUCCUGAGAAGACAGUGAAUGUAUUUCUUCUGGGUAUCUCAAACUAUUUUCCUGUCAACUACAGCAUUGAUAUUCGUUCCCACCUCCACAAUGGCAGUGCCAACAUACCAUCCCUUUACUGGGCCAAGGAAGACCAUGAAAUAGGUUUGCAAAUGGAGACUAUUGGGAACGACUUGAUUAUGUGCCGUUUGAAAAUGACACUCAACCAUGAUGGUUACAUUCUGCCAGGCUUAGAUAGUACUUCAACAAUACAUCCUGGUGAGUGGAUGUAUUAUCCUGAGCCACCUGAGGACAUUGCAGAUCUGAAGGUGAUUAUAGAUUCUGAAGAAAAGAAGAUACCUCAUGAUGUAAAGGAAGCUAAUGUUACCAUUUUGCUUGAGGACGUAUAUCCCCAGUGGAACUCUGUAUUUAUCCAGCGGCACCGAAAAAAACUGUCUGUGCCAAAAGAAACCUUUGACCUUAUGGAUUCUUUGUUUAAGGUAAACAUGAAGCAAAUGAUGAGCUGCUCUUUUGGGUCAGCAGUUGGUGUGAAAGAUCGGCUGAUAAAGAAGGAGUACAAGAAUCUUGAACUCAAGUAUGCUACCCUCAUGAAUAUGAGCCGCACUGUCAUCGAGGUUGAGGGAAGGUAUGAGAAUGAGAUUGAACUUGCAAACAACAUUCUGAAGAGCACUGUCUCUGGUCGCAAGUAUGAUUCAAAGAACCUCAGGUUGCGUGGCCAUGGGACAGAUGAAUAUCAGAGUGAUAUCGCAGAAUUCUGCAAAAUCUACAAUGAAUCUCAAGCAGUCAUUAAGGCCCUGCCACCACCUCACCCAGACGAAUGCUGUCGAAUCACCAUGACCUCGACUCUUUCAGACCUCCAGGAUGAUGAGUUUCUGCUCAUGAUGAAAGAAAGUAAGUAUGAGUUGUUAAGAAACUUCACCAUGACAGGCAUUCCUGCCUUUGCCCCUGUCCGAGAUGCUUCGCAGAUCAAUGUGUGGACACUAACAAUCUCACACAUGCUGGUGACACCCUACACAAUUCUCAGCCAGCGUGCUAUUGAGGAGAAGGCAAGUAUAGAAGGCUCUGAUGGUGUUCUUGGUUUUAUUAACAAGGAUAUACUGAUGAAGGAAGAUGAUGAGAAGAGCCGCUUCAACAUCAUCAUCCCAAUUGUGCCUGCUGCUGCCUCCACUGCUCUCAAGCGUGUUGUGCAGUCAAGACUGUAUGCCAUGAUGGCCACUUUCUGCAUCCUCAAGAAUCCACAUAUCAUUGACUACUCUGCCCACCUGGCUGCCCUGGCCUGUGCUUGGGUGAGGUCUGUGUCAGAUCAUCCUCUUUCCAACCGACCAGGAUACGUGGCAGAUCGACUGGGUAACAUCGUUGCCACAGCUGAACUAUACAUGGAACGGAAGACUGUCAAAACCUACAUAAAUGCAAUCUUGACUGAACCCCAGCAGGCACUUAUGACAGAAAGCAUCAAUCAGUUUGAUGAACAAACCAUCAAGUGUGAGUCACUGGUCAAGCCACUUUUCUUCCUUGCCAUGAGGAGAGACAAGGUGACUGCAUCUCAGUUGCAAAACCUUCUCUUUUUGUUGUUGGCUGAGUAUAUUGGCCGUUGCCUCUCUAACUACAAGAUAACCGAAAAGGAUGCAACACCCUUCACUGACUUCUUUGCUCCAGAAUUGAAUGAUGCUGUGAAAAAGGAUGAGUGGUUGGUGAAUACAAGUCAGGACAGUGUCAAUGAAUUCAUGGAAAGCAACAAAAACUUGCUGGCUAGUUUUUAUGCACCUGAAAAUGUAGAAAAAGCCAUCAAGGAAUUCAUUGCAACCAAGAAAGAAAAUCUGGAGGACCACAUCCUUGACAGUGCUUCUGUGGAGGUCAACAUGGACAAGAUCAAGCGUCUAAGAAAUGUAUCAAGCUGUGGAGACAUCAGGUUCUACAGCUUUCGUGCCUGGGCUGAAGAAAUGGGUAUUCCCCAAGAGAAAAUCAACGCUGCAUAUGAGCCCUCACAGGUUCUGGUCUAUGUAUGUGAGGCAUUGAAAAACCGCAACUCAAAGGACCGGAUGAGCAAGCAGCCAGACAGUCACGGUGAUUGUCUCAAAGAGAUCAAGAAGCAGGUGAAAAAAGAAAGUGGAAAGACACUCUUGGAGGAUCUUAAGAACAAAAUCACUGACCUCAUCAUGAGUCAGUGGAGGAAGGAAUAUUUCAGUGCCCAUGAGCAUGUUGCGAAGCCCCUCUCACCGGAGGAGAUAGUGGUUGAGGCACAGGCUCAGGGUGUUGAUGUGACAGAGGACACCUUCCAGCAGAAGUACAGGUAUGAUGCAAAGUGCAAGCUUCUGCGCAAUGCCUGUCAGAUCCCAGCCUGCCCCUUCUACCUGUUCCCCACCAGGAGGUUCAACCAGCACCUAGCAGUGGAGAGAGUUUCCGGAGAAUUUCCACACUCACUGCAUGUGGUUUCUAAGGAGAUGUGUGAUGAAAAUGUGGACCAUGUGAUGCAAGAAAUAAUCACAGGAUCCCACAGUGGCCGCAAAGGCAGGAAAAAGUGUCCCAUUGUGGAGCCAGAGCCCAUCCAGAAAUUGAUACCAGAAAUUCAAGAGUUGCUGCAGAUUUACAAGCUAAGUGUUGCGACCAUUUGAAAUUUUUGAUGAACACGGGAGCCUUGAUUACCUACAGAUGAGACUGACAAUCCCAUUCUGUGUAUGUUGAUCUUGUUACGAGACAGGGCUAUCCCCUCUAAGGACCUGGCAUAUAUCGUAGAUAGUUAUACAGGUUAGAAAUAGGUUUAAAGUAACAUUCACAUUUGAAUCUAAACUGAGCCGCCACAUUCUGCAUUUUCAAAUUGAAGUUUACAUCUUCUAAGAAUGGCUUCAGAAUUAGAUUUGAGAGCAUGAUGUGAUAGGAACUUGAUUGCAGGGUUGAGGCCACAAGGUUUGAUUCUCUAGUCAGGCAAAGAUAUUUGAAAUGGUCAAUUUUCAUGUUGAAGACUUUAACUCCAUACCAUAAUUAUGAGUAUGUAAUUUUGGUCCUCACAAUCUGGUAGGAGUGAGCAGCUAGACCUCUCCUUGUGUUUACUUGCAGGUGUUUAUAACUGUAUUGCUGGACAAACCAGAAAUAGUUUGCACCACAUCACAAAUUGUUGAAAUAUUAAAAAAAAAAAAGAAAAGAAAAGAAAGAAAGAAAAUAGAAUGUGAAGUGACAUUGAUUUAAGAUAUUUAAGGAAAUGAUUUAAGAUAUUUAAGGAAAAGAUUAUAAGUAAAUGUAGAAGAAAGUGCAGAUAUGGGUCAUAGUAAAGAGAAUUGAAGUAGAUGGAAGGAAGAGGUCUUGCCCUAAUCAAGCCCUACUGAAAUACACACUACUAUGGGAAUGCACUCUAAAUUUCACUCCAUAAGAAACAUUCACCUCAGCUAUACAGAGCGUGUCACUAAGCUGCCUGCCACCAUCCCUCACCUACCACCUCAACACCUGCAGGCCCUCGGCUUUUCCUUACUAGCUCAGAAAUUAGACACUGCAUCUUCAAGGGAUAGCCAGUUGACAGGCCCAUUACCAAAUGGCUCUUGCUUGGGUCAUGUAGCAUUUCAUAUCUUCAGUACUUCAUGAGACUACUUUGUAAAAAGUAAUUAAGGUAAAUUAUUUUUUAAUGAGUAUUAUGUGGGGAGUGUGUGCGCAUUUUUGUGCAGUCAACUUGUCUGAGCUCUUCUCCUGUGUAGGGUUGUUAGUAUUGUAUAAAGUACAUAGAUAUGACAUUGAAAAUGUUAUGUAUAAAAUUUAGAAUAGAUACCAAACAAAAGGUAGAAAAGCAACAAUAUUCAGUAAAUAUUGUGAAUGUUAGUAAUUGAGUGACUAUCAAGGAAUAUUUGAAUUGACUGUUGCAUAUAUUCCAAUAUAUGCAAAAGUUUAUUCAAAUAUUCCUUGGUAGUACACAUUGGCUAUACGAGAUCAUCAGGGGAAAUAAAGUGUUCCUAUGAUUCUGUUUCUGGUGUUGUAUCUUGUUUUCCUCAUAGUAGUUUCAAAGAGUUAGUUAUGUUAUGCUAUCUAUAAUCUAUCACACAGCUGUGCAGAUGUGAAAGGAUCUGUUCACCAGGAGUGGAUGAGACUUCCAUGUGACUUAAAGUAAGGUCCUGCAAUGCUUUGUUAGUAUUUUGGUUAUCUUUCAAGUAAGUCUUUGUUUUUUCUAUGUCAGAGAUGUACCUGAUACCAAAAUAAGAAUUAUUAUUAUUAUUAUUAUUAUUAUUAUUAUUAUUAUUAUUAUUAUUAUUAUUAUUAUUAUUAUUAUUAUUAUUAUUAGGAUUACUACAUACAUACAUAUACCAAGAUUGUCUCCCUCAAAACAGAGGAUAGCCAAGUUUAAUGCUCUGUAUCUCCUUGGCCUUAGAAUUAAUGAUUUUACAGUAAUUAUUUAUAUGUUUAUUUGUAGAAACUAUUUUGUGUUGUUUAUGGUUUUCUAUUGUAAUUUUUCUGAUUUGAAUUUCUCACAUGAACAAUAAAUUUUAGGAGGUAUUCUAUUUUUACAUGUUACUACUAAUUCAUUUCAAAUAUUUACGCCUAUGUUAGACUAAUUUUGAUGAGAUGCAUUGCUGUUACUUAAAACACAAGGCAUAAUAUGUUGAUCUAAAUUAGUGAUUUACAAACUGCAGGGUUGGUGUGCUGUAAAAUUAUAAGAUGUACCUUUAGUGCCCCACUAAGCAAUGGAGUUUGAGAACUACUAAUCUAAUUACAGCAUAUACUGCCUCCUAAUACAAAUCGCGUAUGUUACUUCUAUCUUUUCAACUUUGCACCUUAGUAAUUUGAAAUAAAACAAUGAUUGAUGAA